GAUGAGCUCUUCUGUGUUUCUAGAUUUCCUGUUUCCUUGCCUUCGUGUUUUGAUCCCUGGACUGUUUCCUUGUUUAUGAUUGUUUACUCCCUGCCCUGACUAUUGCCUGACUUGUGGAGUACUCUUUUGCCUUCGCCCUGGAGGUGUUUGUUUGCUGGUGUUUGACCCUACCUGUUCUGACUACACUCUAUGGAAUAAAGCCUGCACGUGGAUUUUUUUUUUUAUCCAUGGAAAGAAAAAAAAAAAAAAAAAAACUGAGGUUUGAAAGUUUAUGGGUUUGUAGUUGGAGAUCAUGUAUAAUAUGAAUUUAUAAGAUAUUGCACUAAACAUUGGGAGAAUCACACUAAGAGAAGAAGCAGGAAGAAGCAUCAGCUCACUGGAAUGUGGUGUUGGUGAUGAUAAUAGAAGCUGGAAUUCUGGGAACUCUCACCCUCUCUAACAACGAGAACCCAAAACAAUGGAUAAAAUAGAUGUGUUUCAAAGUAGGCUACUUCAAAAUCUGAAUUUAUGGAAAUGUAAAUGAGACUCACAAACUGAACUUAGUAAAGCAGAGUGAGAUACAUCUGGAUCCAGUUAGUUUGUCAUAUGAACCAGCUGUUAUCUUUUGGGAGCUUUUACAUUCCAUUCCUUUCUUUCUAACAGUUGCCUUACCAUCUCUUUCACCAAUCUGCAUGUUUCUUUCUAGCCAAAACAUUCUGGAUUUUUAAAUUGAGUUGAGCAAUGCCUUACAGCACAGAUUGACCUCUUUUCUCAAACAUCCUGUAGUGGCCGCCCAGUCCUUCCCUCCCACUGUUUUCUUCUCAUGUUUCUCUUUUCUGUGCUGUUGCACAACUGCGUUGUUUUCAUCUUGGUGGUUCUGUCACAGACACAUGCAGUGAUGGUGGAGGAUCGACCAGCAGGAAGCGUAUCAGAGGCCAUCACCACCGUGACGGGCGGCAGUAAACCUGUGCACCGCUUCCUCAGAGGACAACCCAAGAGUAUUGGAGUUGUGCUGGUGAUGAUGGGUAUAGGUCUAUUCAUGUUUGGAAUUCCUAUGAAUGUGGACUCAGAUGCGCUCACCUCAGUGGAGCUGCUCACCCCAUUCUGGCUUGGGAUCUUGUUCUUUAUCUGUGGCCUUCUGUAUAUACUGUCUGAACGCAACCCCUCCAAAAAGAUGAUCACAGCCAGCUUUGCUCUGAGUAUCAUCUCAGUCAUUGGAGUGCUGCCUGCUUUGGUGGAAUUCUCCAGAGCAAUUAGUGUAAUCUAUUACGUGCUCGCCGGGCAUAAUAUGCAUGAGAAUAGCACAGUGGCGGAGGAACUUUAUGCUGAACAAUAUUAUAUAUCCGUGAAAAACCUGGAGCUAGUGUUCUUCUGUCACAGCUUGACAGGAGGCGUUCUGCUUGUAAUCAUGACGUUCUUCGCCAGGGCAGCACUGCAAUCCAGCAGGACUCAGGAGCAGCCACAACAGCAGCUUCUACUGUCUCUGCUCCUAUGCUCCAAAGAAUGGGACAAUGGAAAUCAUCUGCUUUCCAAUGCUAUAUUCGCCCAGGGACUUAUUGCAAGCUCAGAAAUCAGCCCAAACACAGAGAAUGGCCGUGGCCAUAACUGGCAGGACAGAGAGUACAUUGUAUGUUUCCGAGACUGACGGCGCUGUGCCUGGGGAACAGGAGUGAGUAGCGGCCGGAAGGCUUGCUAGCGUUGAAACCGUGUUACUUGAGAACACUGAAAUCAUGUCACUUGAUUGUACUGAGACAGCGGUGCUUGGGAGCAUAGAAUCUGUGUGGCUAGUGAGCGUAGAGUCUGCGUGGCUAGUGAGUGUAGAGUUUGCAUUGCUCUGGAACGUAGAAACCCUUGGAUUGCCAGCAGCUCACACCGACACCAACUGAGGGUCCUCCACUCUGGAUUCCAGCCUUGAACGCCGUGGGACUGACUUUGUGUCUUCAAAUGCAACAUUCACCAUGCUCUGGAACACUGGAGUGGCAUCCGUGAUGGCUGAAGACUGCGGCCUGACAACCCUAAAAGCCGGAGGCUCUGGCGUGGCGGCCCUGACGUGAACAGGUUCUGGUUUGGCAGACUUGACAUGAGCAGGCUUUGACUUGGCAGGCUUGACGUGACGAGGUUCUGGAAGAUCAGCUGAGACGUGACGAGACUCUGGAAGAUCAGCUGUGACGUGACGAGGCUCUGGAAGAUCAGCUGUGACAUGAUGAGACUCUGGAAUGGCAGCCAUGUUAUGGAAAUCCUCAGGGCUGGCAGCCAUUUUGUAAACAGUCUCUGAGCUGGCAGCCAUUUUGCAAAAAUUCUCUGGGCUGGUGGCCAUCUUGUGAAGAGACUCUGGAAUGGUGGCCACUUUGGGAAGAGACUCUGAGCUAGCAGCCAUUUUUUUUUACUUUCAUCACUUUGACUUUGACUUUGAUAACAAAAGAGCAUAGUCCAUAAAAUCUCUCAAAGUACCAUUAUAAUCCCCUACGGGUAACAAUGACUUCGUUGGCUCACUGAGUCCAAAACGGAACAAGUCCUUAACCAAAUCUCAUCAUAAAUCUACACAUGGUACGAAAACUCACUGAAUAGAUGAACGUACUCCUCGAUAGACAGGUAAUUUGAUGGGUCUGGAAUUCUCAAAAACCUGCUGGAUCUGGGGUAGGCUGGUGAUUCUGUAACAAAGGGAGGCGUGACAACUAGUGAUGUUUGGUUCUUGAACGAAUCGUUCGUUUGAGCCGGUUCUCAGGAAGUAAUCGGUCGAGCCGGUUCUCAGGAAGUAAUCGGUCGAGCCGGAUCACAAAUCGAACUGAAUCGAAUUUUAGUUCCGGGUUGAUGACGCAGGAUGCACAGCCGAAGUAGCAUGUCCAACUCAAAAAGAACCGAAUGAGCCGGUUCAACCAACUGUCAAAGUUUCCCGAGGAUUACAGAGGACUCAAAAAGAACCGACUGAGCCAUGGCAAAGUUUGCAGAGGAUUACCGAAGAUUC